UGGCCUGCAACCUAAUAGCGAUGACAUCCAACCUAAUAGCGAUGGCCUCCAACCUAAUAGCGAUGACAUCCAACCUAAUAGCGAUGGCCUCCAACCUAAUAGCGAUGGCCUGCAACCUAGAAGCUUUCAAGUCGGUGCUACUCGUCUAGCAGUACUCCAGUACUGGAAAGUUCAUGUACUGAGGCUCGAAGCUCCCUGCAGAGGGCGAAAGCAGCGAAGCAUUGCUACCUCGAGUACAGGUGUCCCUGACCACUUGCAGCCUUACGCGUGCGAAGGAGGAGCUGUGCAAAGAACAUGGCCUCAAUCCUGCAUUGGUGCUGGAGCUGGUAAAGCGUGCGGGAGAAACCUCUUCAGAGCCGUCGGAAGGAGAGAUGUCGACCUCCGCUAUGUUGCAGGAAGUUGCAGAAAAGACUUGUGAGCGAAUGUGCGAGUCCUUUCGAACAGCUCUGGCUGAAGGCCAAGAAGCAAAAGUCCAAGGAUUGCUGAAGUUUGCACAAACCUUCGAUGCAGCCUGCGUAGGAGCCAAAGGCACCUCUGAGAUCGAGCAAAAGCUCAAGGAGAUUCAAGCAGAGGCUGUAGAGGCAGCGGCAGAGACUGCAGAGGCAGCGCCAGAGGUGCCAGAAUCACCAGAGGUGCCCGAGGCGCCAGAGGUGCCCGAGGCGCCGGAGGUGCCGGAGGCAGAAGCUGAGUCAGAAGAGCACACAACUGCUGCUCCGAAAAUUUCUGAGAUGGAGGAGAUGCUGUCGCAGGAAAGUGGGAUGAACCCAAAUGUCAUCCUGAAGAAUCUGACCGAGCUUGUGCCCUUGUGGCCUUCCAUUCCUGAGCUCGCAGACCGUCUCAAAGCUGUUUUGGAAACUCUGCAGCAGCGCAUGGCCACGGCCUGUGCCACUGCGAGUUCUGAGGAUCAGGAGGCCAAGCUAAAGGCUUUGCUGGCAUUUGGCCACAAAGUCCAUGAGCUGCAACAUAGCAUGGAUGACUGUGCCCCUGAAUUCUUCUUUGCAGUGUGCUCUGCCGGUGCAAAUCAGGACCUCACAGAUGCCGAGAAUGAGCUUGGCAAGGAAAGUGGAAUGAACCCGGUGAAGGUGCUGACGAAUAUCAGAAAUUUGAAGCUCUAUUGGCAGGCCUUGGGAAGCAAUGCCGAAGCAUUACAUCAACGACUUGGUGCUAUGUGUGACCUGAUGCGGUCUCGUAUUAUGACCUCCUACGAAGAGAAUCCCGAAAAGCGGCCCAACCUCGUGAAGUUCUCAGCUGCCUUCGACACAGCCAUCAAUGGCUUGGCUGGAGCAGGCGAAGCAGAUUUGACGGCACGACUGAAAGAAAUGGGUGAAUGAAGGCACAAGUGCCUGAUCUCAUGCCAGUCAGAGCCGUUCCGUGAGCCUUUUCUUUGGCAUUUCCUCCUCAAGGAGAAGUGCAAAAUCCAAGAUGCUGUCAUAGUCAGAAGUCAGAAGAUUGUGUCCAGCUGCGGCUGAAAGCGGCAGCAUUUUCCGCAUCUCACUUGAUUGGCUUUGACCAGCGUCUUCGAUGUGUGAAAA